GCCCACCCUGCGCUCGGCACCGCGGGACGGCCACGCAUGAGCAGAGUCCCUUUCUCAGUUCUUUGUCUCAACAAUCCAGGCAGACACUACGAUACUGGUGAGCUUCUGGUCGCCAAUAUUCUGUGCCUAUUUUCAGACAUCCCUGCUGGAAAAGUAACCCUUCAUGACGGCACAGUUAGAGGAUGACCGGGAGCCCUGAGUUUGGUACAUUCUUAGACUCUGCCCUAUGCGCUCUUCCCUUGGCUAAUUUUAAUCAGUAUCCUUUCCUUAUCAUGAAAUAAAACUAUCAGCAUAACAGCAUUCGUGUCCCAGAUAGAAGAGCCUUGGUUGGGAUGAUAAGAAGCGUUGCCUUCCAAACCACAGGUAACCUGCUUUGGACAAGAUCAGGCUGCCACCAGCCAGUCCUUCUGAGAGAAGACGGCAGUUUCCUCCCUGUCUGUUGUCGCCUGGCCUCAUGUUCUCUUGCUGACAUCUCCAAGUGUCAACAGCUUCCCCUUGGUGGCGGGCUGCCAGGACACCCAGGGACCUGGUUGGAGCCCGUGGUUGCUGCAGCCCAGGAACAUUAGUGAGCUGCAGGUCAGUGGCAGGGCUGCUGCAGGAAGGGGCCAAGAGGUAGGCAUUCUCUGCACUCUCCUCAGCUUCACUGGAGGAAACGUCCCAUCAAAGCUGGCAAGAUCUCCUCUUUGGUGACUGAGCACCUCCUCCCCGAUUUUGCCAUGAAUGCGGUACCUGUGCCUCCAGUGAAUCAGCACCUGUUCUCCAUCCUUGGUUCUGGGCACACAGCCACAUGGUGAGAGCUGUGGCUUCUCUCUGGUCAGACACCGUGGGGAGCCAGGGAGCCAGGGAAUGGGACCAGGUCCGCCCAGGGCUCCUGACAGGGGUACCAUGACCCUGUUCUGCAGUUCUCACACUUCAUUAAGAGGUCUUCCCAUGUCUCAGUCAAUCGCAUGUGCUGUCUGUUAUUCAGCCCUACUGCCAUUCUCACACAUUUCUGAACAUCAGGAUACCUUUGUGUGUGUGCUGUUCCCCCCAGCCUAGACUGCCCUUCCUUAGGCUUUUCUACCUAUAAAACUCCUCAUCCUUCACCACCCAGGUCAAAUGUCUGUGUGAUGCUUUUCCUCACAUGGGAGUUAGUCCUGCUCUCCUGGGUUUCCCUCGGGUUGUUCCUACUUCUGUUCCCACACCACCUACCUCUCUCUGCCUCCUCCACUGGACGAGGCCCUCAAGGCUCGAGAAAGACAGGGUCCUGGCAACUGUUUUUCAGAAGAAUGGCUUGGCUCCCCCCAUAGCAUCCUGAAAUAGGAAUUCUGAUUGUGGCAAUGAACCCAGAGAGAGAGAGACGUUUCAAUGAAUCAGCCAGGUUUCACUACAGUUUUCUCUAAAGAGGAUUCUGUGAUUAGUGACUGAAGGUUCUUCUGCACCCCUGCCAGCAGGCACUCCUACACCGAAACGUUAGUCAUCUAACACCCGCCCACCACCCCACCGAGUCAUCGUGCUGAAGGCACGGGUUCCAGUAUUGAAAGGAACAUGCCUGCCAACCUGAUCCUUGGCCAGACCUUUCAACCAUGCUACUAAGGAGAGAAAAGCAAACUUUUCUUUCAAAGGAAAGUGUAUGGAUCCUAAAUGUUUUCCCCUGGAGGUGGACUGAAUUUGAAGAAUGCUUUUCUGCACAUCUGGCAUAUAAUUUCCCAUAUUUCGCAACAAGUCAAUGCAUAUAUCAUCCAGCAAGUGAUUUAUAUGAAUAGAUACCCAUUAUCUCUGCUGAAAGGGGUUUCUAGGUAAUGUUAUGACUGAAGUUCAUAAUGAGGCUACAGAAUGCCAGGACUUUCUCUGCAAGGCCCCGAUUUAUGGCUGUUCUGGUGAUACAGCUUUAGGACUUUGUUGAGUGCCAAAAUCUUAGCUCUAAGUGUCCAGACUUGCCAAAUUAAUGUCACCCUGCAGCACCCAAAGUGUUCAUUUCAAUUUGUUCACUCUUCAAGAAGCUCCAUGUUUGUUUAAAGAAAGCAGUAAUAAAACAUGUAACUGAAUUGAUUGCAUCUUAAACCUGAGAGUCAAGUUGGGUCUCGAAAAGAUAUUUGCACACCCGUGUUCAUAGCAGCAUUAUUCACAGUGGCCAAGAGGUGCAAGCAACCAAAUGUCUGUCAGCUGGUGACUGGUUAAACAAAAUGUGGCAUAUAUACACAAUGUUCAGCCUUAAAAAAGGAAGGAAGUCCUGUUACAUGCUACAACAUGGAUGAACCAUGAGGACAUUAUACUAAGGGAAAUAAGCCAGCCGCAAAAAGACAAACACUGUAUGAUUCCACUUGUACAAUGGAUCUAAAGUGGUCAAACUCACGGAAAGAGAAAAAUAGAAGGGUGGCUACUGGAAGGUGGGUGGACAUGGGAGUUCUUGUUUAAUGGAGUUUCAGUUUUGCAAGGGAAGAAAGUUCUGGAGCUCUGUUGCACAACAAUGAUCACCUUGUCUGUCUACUAUUUUACAAAUGGCACAGGGAUUUGCCCAAGGUCAUCAUCCGUAUUCAAGGAGACUUGACUCAGGGUUGGAUGCUGUUCGUGCUCCAGCAGCCUGACUCUCCGGUAGUUCUGGAGGAUAGACCCAAGAAAUUCCAUCUAGUGUCUGGAUGACUUCUGACCAUGGCUUCCAAAGGUCUGCUUUCCGGGAGCACUUCCUGGGACCUUCUUCCCUCUGGGAUGUUUGGACUUGCCUUAGGUUGAAAGGCAUCAGAAUGGGUUUCUUCUUGACAAAUAGAACUCCAAUAUGAAAACAGAAAGACCCAGAGAACCUUCCCUUUACUGAGACAUGCAGCAGGACUCAGCUAUGAUCCUGGCACAGGGUUAUUUGGCUGGUGCGUCAUGUUAUGAGUUCAGCUGUGUCAAGUAAACUCUUGUGGGAUAAAGCCAGCUGACUCAGCGGGCAUCUGAGGAAGACAGCGUCCAGGACGGCAAGGGAAACUUCGUUAUCAAAGAGCCAUUGAGUGAUAGCAAGAAAUCAAUGGAGGCCCACAAGAAGUUUUUAUUUAGCAGUUAGAAAUGGAGUCGGCGUAUCUUCAAAAGAAUCUUGGGACAUGUCUAACUCUGGGUCUUGCAGAAGUGGCAAGGAUGCGCCCAGUGGAUCCAAUAGAAUACUUAGCAUUGUGGAUAUACAAGUAUAAGGAAAACUUGACCAUGGAACAACUGAGACAAGAGGAAAUGGCCCAGUUGGAGCGUGAAAGAGAACUAGCUUUGAUGGAGCAGGAAAUUAUGGAGAAGCUUAAAGCAGAGGAGCUCCUGUUUCAGCAGCAACAGCUGGCAUUCCAGCUGGAGUUGGAAACGCAAGAAAAAGAGAGACAGAAAAUAGAAGAACUGCAGAGAGUGCAACAAGAGUUGGAGAAGAUGAGAAUGAGCUCGGAAAAUACAGUGAGGGGCGAAGAUACUUCACAUGGAGAGGAUGUAGCCGACUCAGGCAGAACGCUAGCUGAGAUUAGUGAUCGAUAUGGCGCACCUAACUUGAGCAGAGUGGAAGAACUCGAUGAGCCGAUGCUGUCUGAUGUUGCAUUAAACAUUGAUCAAGAUUUGUAGGAUCAACCAACCUAAGAACAAUAAAUUUUUCUUCUUGUUUCAAGUUUCAGAA